AUGUCAUCUACCGAGCCCAUUCUAUACAACACGACCCUACAGAUAUUUGUCUGCCGGCAACAUGGGUACGCCACUACAGAUCUCGCGCAGCACCUCCGUCGAGAGCACCAGCUCCCUCUCGGCGAGCGAAACGCCAUUAUCCGGCGGUUUUCCAGCCAGGUAUGUGCCCCUACGAGUUCUAUUCCCCUGCCACCCCCAUUCCAAGAUCCUAUUGAAGGGCUCGCUGCCCCAGUGCGUGCCUAUUUAUGUCAGCAUGACGGCUGUGGAUACAUCAGUAUUCACCUGGAGGGGAUUUCCAACCACGCGAGGCGCGUCCACCAGUGGCGAAAGGCCGAGUCACGGCCCCAGUACUGGCGUCACAUCUACGCCCAGACAUUAUUUGUCUCCCGUGGCCAGCGAAAAUACUUUGCGGUGACCUCGCCAGUUGGGGCUGAUGAAGGCCCCACACCAACCGAUCCUCCUGUCGCCGCCGGGCUCAGUACUCAACAGGAAAGCGAGGUUCGGUCCAUCAAGGAGGGCUGGGCACUCCUACGGGCGAGCCACCAAAGAGAGCUCGAUAUACUCGACGCCGACAUCGCAAAACAGGACCGGACGGGCUGGUUCAACCGUACUCGUUGGCCUGAGCAUUUUGCCAGUCGAAAUCUCAAGCACCUCAGUGAGGCUACCCGACUCCCAAGAAAGGAUGAACCAGUCCUGAUAGGGAUGAUGGACAUUAUGGACGCACUUCAAGCACAGUGCUGUAUGGGGCUCAUGACCAUGGACCUCGAGACGCGGCGCUGGCUCCGUAGUCCCAAACGAGAGGAGCCAGAUGUCCGGCCAAUGGGUCGACUCCAGAACCGCGAUAGCGAGGACCGCUACUUCAACCUUUAUCGACGGUUCCUCUGCUAUAUCAUGCGUAUCUGGUGCGCGGAGGUUGAGCUGGCUGGGACGGCCACUGGGGAUGAUGGCGCCCUGCCAGUCAAUUUGAAUAUAAAUAUUCCCUCGUCGAGUCUUCCUGAUGUUACGGAUAUUACUGGCCGACCUCGAUCUCCUCCCCCUGAUGGUGGGAACAGCCACUCGGAUGACAGUGGCAGUGACUUUGAUGACACUGAAUCCAGCGCGAGUUCGAGCUCAGUUGGUGGUAGAGUCGAAGCUCUAGCGGCCCUCGUUCCUUCAGUCCCUACCACAGACGUCCUUCGCGAUGCGCGUGAGCUAUUUCCAUGGGUGGACUCACAGCUGGCUAUUGCCGGUCGGGGUGAAAAAGGUCCUUCGAAUAUUUAA